CCAUGUGACGCACCGGGUGGCGAGCGUGGAAGCUGGGAGUAGGGGGCGGGACCGGGUUUAGUAGUAGAGGUGGUGUCGGAGGGUUUCCUCUGGACGCCUGUCUGCCGGCUCCUGUCGUUCCGUCGACUCGGAGGAGCGAAGGCGACCUCGACCUCCAGCGUCCCCGCGAACUGAAGCAGCGGGGGCGGGAGCCAGGAUGGUGUUGCUGGGCUUACAGGAUAAAGCUGUUGGGCAGGCGGGUGUGUCGGUGCUGGGGCAAGUGAUGGAGAAGAUAACGGGCGGCAACCUGCUAUUCACGCUGCUGAUCGCCUGCACCUUCACGCUUAGCCUGAUCUACCUGUCCCGCCUCGCCGUGGGCCACCUGGCCUCCCUGCCGGCUGGGGUGAAAAGUCCACCAUACAUUUCCUCUCCGAUUCCAUUCCUUGGACAUGCCAUUGCAUUUGGGAAAAGUCCAAUUGAAUUCCUAGAAAGUGCAUAUGAGAAGUAUGGACCAGUGUUUAGCUUUACCAUGGUGGGCAAGACAUUCACUUACCUUCUGGGGAGUGACGCCGCUGCGCUGCUUUUCAAUAGUAGAAAUGAAGACCUGAAUGCAGAAGAUGUCUACAGUCGUCUGACUACACCUGUCUUUGGGAAGGGAGUCGCAUACGAUGUGCCUCAUCCAGUUUUCUUGGAGCAGAAGAAAAUAUUAAAAAGUGGCCUUAACAUAGCCCACUUUAGACAACACGUUUCUAUAAUUGAAAAAGAAACAAAGGAAUACUUUCAAAGUUGGGGAGAAAGUGGAGAAAAAAAUUUGUUUGAAGCUCUUUCUGAGCUCAUAAUCUUGACAGCUAGCCAUUGUUUACAUGGUAAAGAAAUCAGAAGUCAACUCAAUGAGAAGGUGGCCCAUCUGUAUGCAGAUCUGGAUGGAGGUUUUAGCCAUGCAGCCUGGCUGUUGCCAGGUUGGUUUCCUUUGCCUAGUUUCAGGCGCAGGGACAGAGCUCAUCGAGAAAUCAAGAAUAUUUUCUAUGAGGCAAUUCAGAAACGCAGACAGUCUGAAGAGAAAAUUGAUGACAUUCUCCACAUUUUAUUAGAAUCUACUUACAAGGAUGGGCGUCCUCUGACAGAUGAUGAAAUAGCAGGCAUGCUUAUUGGACUGCUCUUGGCAGGGCAGCAUACCUCCUCAACUACUAGUGCCUGGAUGGGCUUCUUUUUGGCCAGAGACAAAACACUGCAAGAAAAAUGUUAUUUAGAACAGAAAACAGUCUGUGGAGAAGAUCUGCCUCCUUUAACCUAUGACCAGCUCAAGGAUCUCAAUUUACUUGAUCGCUGUAUAAAAGAAACAUUAAGACUUCGGCCUCCUAUAAUGACCAUGAUGAGGAUGGUCAGAACUCCUCAGACUGUGGCAGGCUAUACCAUUCCUCCAGGACAUCAGCUGUGUGUUUCUCCCACUGUCAAUCAAAGACUGAAAGACUCAUGGGUAGAACGUCUGAACUUUAACCCUGAUCGCUAUUUACAGGACAGUCCAGCAUCAGGAGAGAAGUUUGCCUAUAUACCAUUUGGAGCUGGGCGUCAUCGUUGUAUUGGGGAGAAUUUUGCCUAUGUUCAAAUCAAGACAAUUUGGUCCACUAUGCUUCGUUUAUAUGAAUUUGAUCUCAUUGAUGGAUAUUUUCCCACUGUGAAUUAUACUACCAUGAUUCACACCCCUGAAAACCCAGUUAUCCGAUACAAACAAAGAUCAAAGUGAAAAAGGCUGCUACAAGGAACCAAUAUGUAACAUCACUGUAAACUGCAAAAGCAUUUGAAGAGGAUGAAAUUUAUAAAACAACUUCCAGUAAUUUUUUUUUGUGUGUUUAAUUUUAAAAGCCAGCUUAACUUACAGCUUUUUAUUUUCUUAACUGAAUGGUUCCAUCAAAUCUAAUGGCAUUGCAGACAUUGCCUAAUAGUUUUAUGAUAGAUAUUUACUACAUUAUGCUUUAUUAAAGGAAAUCAAGCUCAUUAGUAAAAUUGUUUAGGGGGAUCUUGAUAAUUGGCAGACUCUAAAUAACACAACUUCCAGUUGUUAGUUUUAAUAGCAAAUGGAAAUCUUGGCAAGUUAAGUUCAGGGUUUUCAAAUCUUGGACUAGACUUGGAAGUAUAAAAGCCCAAGGAAAUAGUUGGAAGCCUUAGGUUAUUUAUUUACUUACUGGGUAAUGUUUGUGUGAGGGAGGAUGGGUGGAUAGGGAAUAAACUCAACUUUAAAGAUGUAUAAAAGAGAUCCUAUUAAUUGUUUUUGUAUGAUGAUACUCAGCCAUGUUGUAGAAAAACAUAUAUUUUGAAAUUAUAGCUGGGAUCACUAUGAGAAAUUGAGAUCUAUGACAAUGACUUCAUAAUUUCCUAAAAAUAAUGUAAUUAUUAGUACUAAAGACUGCUCUUGUAACAUCAUCUAAUUACUAAAAAAUACAUAUUUAUCUACCUGAUAAAUUUGUAUCUGGUUCUACAUGUUCACGUCUGUGUGAAAAUCCAAAAUAAAGUCCUUAAGGGACAACUUUUGUUC